CGGCGGCUAACGCGCCGAUACCCGCGGUUACAGUAUAUUAUCAUUGUUGUGGGACGCCACACGACCAUAGAGAUAAUGAAGAAUUAUUAUCCAUGCUUACGAUAGGCCGACUUCGUUGUACUAAUUUGUAAGUGCCCGCCCGGAAGCGUCCGUCCGUAAUCCGAAACACGUUUUUCUGCUUCCUGUAGCCUGUGCUCCCGUUCACGUGCUCAACACUCCGUUCAGUCGUUAACCGCUACAAUUGACGCCUUGAGGGUACAGCUGUCCGUCCGUUCUUUCGUAUGAUUCUUUUUCGUCGUCGCCGGAUUUCAUUGACAUGGCUCGCUGUUCGAAACUUGACAAUGUAUACGACUCUUUCUUUGUAAUUAAAUCAUGUUACGCAACACGAUGUAUGUGUUCUUUUCGACAAAAGCGCAACUAUCAAAGAGAAAAUGGAAUAUGGGAAAUUGUAAUGUGCUACAAAUGCGGUUUAUAUGGAACACAUAGAGUAUGCAGUUUUCUUGAACCUUACAAACGUUGGUGCUGUAAAACAUGCAAUGGAGGUACAGGUAUGGAAGAAGAAAGAUUGUUUUCUCAAAGCAUGGCUGUACAUCACAUGAGUGCCCUUACGGCAACUGUACCUGACGCUUCUGCAGGGAUCUUAGAAAGACGUACUUGCACUAUUAAAAAAUGUCUAUGCCCUUAUAAGAAAAACCGAAGACAUCAAGAGAAGAUUGGAUCAUGGGAAAUACUACUAUGCGACACAUGUGGUAUUUACGGUACACAUAGAAUAUGCAGUUUUGUGAAAUGUUUUCAAGCAUGGUACUGUACAGCAUGUCAAGCCAUACGUAGUGGCAAUCAUCAAACUGUCUAAUUUUAGAUUCAUAUGACAGCAAUGAUAACAGUGUAAAGGUGAUUUGACUUCAAACAACUACAAUGGUCAGAAUAAUACAUGAAACAUAUACAUUAAGUAAUAAUUAGGCUACCAGCUGAAUAUUAUGCUAUAUUAUUUAUGCUGUAUAAAAUUAUACAAAAUGAGACUGAUUCCAAUCGAUUUUCCCCUCAUUAAGUUUUUUGCUAUAUAUGUCAUAUAGUUUACUAGUUAGGUUUGCUUACUAAUUUAAAACUACUGUCUGAAAUUAUAUAUAAUAUUUAUACACAAUUUUUUAUGUUGUAGAUAAUUACUUAUUUAUUUAUUUAAAUAAAAAAUUUAAUUUGUG